UUUGCGGCCGUCGGCGGCUUGGCGGGACCCCUCCUGCAGAUAUCACCGCGGGAGGGAAGAAUGUAAAACGGGAAGGAUGGAAGAAGUGGCCAAACUGGAGAAACACUUGAUGCUCCUCCGUCAGGAAUAUGUCAAGCUGCAGAAGAAACUUACGGAGACAGAGAGAAGGUGCACCCUCCUGGCUGCUCAGUCGAACAAAGAGAGUGCCAGCGACUCCUUCAUCAGUCGGUUGCUUGCCAUUGUGGCAGAGCUGUAUGAACAGGAGCAGUACAGUGACCUGAAGAUAAAGGUUGGAGACAAGUAUAUCAGCGCUCACAAAUUUGUAUUGGCAGCUCGCAGCGAGGCUUGGAGUCUGGCCAACCUGGUGUCGACUGAGGAGCUGGAUCUGUCAGAUGCUGACCCCGAGGUAACCAUGGCGAUGCUGCGCUGGAUCUAUACAGAUGAGCUGGAGCUGAGGGAAGACGAUGUGUUCCUGACGGAGCUGAUGAAACUUGCAAACCGGUUUCAGCUGCAGCUCCUCCGAGAAAGGUGUGAGAAGGGAGUUAUGUCGCUAGUUAAUGUCAGAAACUGCAUCCGCUUCUAUCAGACUGCCGAAGAGCUGAAUGCCGGCACUUUAAUGAACUAUUGCGCUGAGAUCAUUGCCAGUCACUGGGAUGAUUUGAGAAAAGAGGACUUCAGCAGCAUGAGUGCUCAACUAUUGUACAAAAUGAUCAAAUCCAAAACAGAAUUUCCUUUGCACAAAGCUAUUAAAGUGGAGAGAGAAGAUGUCGUCUUCUUGUACCUUAUCGAAAUGGAUUCACAGCUACCUGGGAAGCUGAAUGAGUUGGAUCAUAAUGGUGACCUGGCUUUAGAUCUGGCACUCUCUCGAAGACUGGAGAGCAUUGCGACCACCCUGGUCAGUCACAAAGCAGAUGUUGACAUGGUGGACAAGAGAGGCGGGAGUCUGUUGCAUAAAGCUAUUCAGAGGGGAGAUAAAUUUGCUGCUAACUUCCUGGUUAAGAAUGGUGCCCGGGUGAAUGCUGCAACCCUGAGAGACCAGGAGACUCCCCUGCACCUGGUGGCCUCUUACAACCCCAAGAAGCACACACCAGAUGUCAUGGCAGAAAUGGCACAGAUUGCAGAGUGCCUCUUAAAGGCAGGCGCCAAUCCGAACAUGCAAGACAGCCAAGGAAGGACUCCAUUGCACUCCUCCAUUAUUGUUAGGAAUGACCAAGUAUUUAGUCAGCUACUCCAGUGCAAACAGCUCGAUUUGGAACUGAAGGACCAUGAGGGAAGCACCGCUUUGUGGCUUGCUGUUCAGUAUAUCACUGUCUCUUCUGACCCUUCUGUAAACCCCUUUGAGGAUGUCCCGGUUGAGAACGGCACUUCUUUUGACGAGAACAGUUUUGCAGCCAGGCUUAUCCAAAGGGGCAGCAACACAGAUGCUCCAGAUACAGUAACAGGAAUCUGCUUGCUGCAGAGGGCAGCGGGAGCAGGCAACGAGGCUGCAGCGCUCUUCCUGGCGACUCAUGGGGCCAAAGUUAACCACAGGAACAAAUGGGGAGAAACACCGCUGCACACAGCCUGUCGACAUGGUCUGGCCAACCUCACAGCAGAGUUGUUGCAGCAAGGAGCUAACCCCAACAUCCAGACGGAGAAAGCAGUGCCUGCCCAGAAAGGAGCGACUAUACCAAGCACAGCAGAUAAUGUUUAUUUGCAGACUCCCCUCCACAUGGCAAUAGCAUAUAACCACCCAGAUGUGGUGUCAGUCAUACUGGAACAAAAAGCUAAUGCCCUUCAUGCCACCAACAACUUGCAGAUUAUUCCUGACUUCAGUCUUAAGGACUCCAGAGACCAAACCGUACUGGGACUAGCAUUAUGGUCAGGCAUGCAUAUCAUAGCCGCUCAGCUCCUUGGAUCCGGGGCCUCCAUCAAUGACACCAUGUCGGAUGGGCAGACACUGUUGCACAUGGCAAUCCAGAGACAGGACAGCAAGAGCGCACUCUUCCUGCUGGAGCACCAGGCUGACAUAAAUGUCAGGACGCAGGAUGGAGAGACGGCCCUUCAGCUGGCCAUCAAAAACCAGCUUCCGCUCGUGGUCGACGCAAUCUGCACCAGGGGAGCAGACAUGUCUGUGCCGGAUGACAAGGGCAACCCUCCACUCUGGCUUGCGCUAGAAAACAACCUGGAAGAUAUUGCCUCAACUCUGGUAAGACACGGUUGUGAUGCCACUUGCUGGGGUCCAGGGCCAGGUGGCUGUUUACAGACCCUCCUUCACAGAGCCAUCGACGAGAACAACGAACAGACCUCCUGCUUCCUUAUCCGCAGCGGCUGCGACGUCAACAGCCCAAGGCAGCCCGGCGCCAAUGGAGAGGGGGAUGAAGAGGCUCACGAUGGACAGUCGCCUUUGCACUUGGCAGCCUGUUGGGGCCUGGAAGAGGCGGUGCAGUGCCUUCUGGAGUUUGGUGCCAAUGUAAACGCCCAGGAUGCGGAAGGAAGAACACCCAUCCAUGUUGCCAUUAUCAAUCAGCACGGGGUCAUAAUCCAGCUGCUGAUAUCUCACCCCGACAUCCAUCUCAACAUACGUGACCGGCAAGGCAUGACCCCUUUUGCGUGUGCAAUGACUUACAAGAAUAACAAGGCGGCAGAAGCAAUCCUGAAGCGGGAGCCGGGAGCUGCUGAGCAGAUGGACAACAAAGGCCGGAAUUUCCUCCACGUGGCCGUUCAGAAUUCUGACAUUGAGAGUGUUCUGUUCCUGAUCAGCGUCCAAGCAAACGUGAACUCCAGGCUGCAGGACGCCUCCAAGCUCACUCCGUUACAUCUUGCUGUGCAAGCUGGCUCGGAAAUCAUUGUGCGCAACCUGUUGCUUGCAGGGGCCAAGCUCAAUGAGCUGAACAAGCAUCGCCAGACGGCCCUUCAUCUUGCUGCCCAGCAAGACCUUCCCACAAUCUGCUCAGUCCUUCUGGAGAAUGGAAUAGACUUUGCAGCAGUGGAUGAGAAUGGGAACAAUGCCCUCCACCUGGCCGUGAUGCAGGGGCGCCUGAAUAACAUCCGUGUCCUCCUGACAGAAUCCAAUGUGGAUGCAGAAGCCUUUAAUCUAAGAGGUCAGUCCCCAAUGCACAUCCUGGGGCAAUACGGGAAAGACAACGCUGCAGCCAUCUUUGACCUCUUUUUGGAAUGCAUGUCAGAAUACCCUCUUGACAAACCAGAUGCUGAAGGAAACACGGUGCUUCUCUUGGCCUACAUGAAGGGAAAUGCCAACUUGUGCCGGGCCAUUGUGAGAGCCGGAGCACGCCUGGGAGUCAACAACAACCAGGGAGUCAACAUCUUCAACUAUCAAGUUGCUACAAAACAGCUUCUCUUCAGGCUCUUGGAUAUGCUGUCCAAGGAACCUCCCUGGUGUGAUGGCUCAAACUGCUAUGAAUGCACUGCCAAAUUUGGGGUCACAACAAGGAAACAUCACUGCCGGCACUGUGGGCGUUUGCUGUGCCACAAGUGUUCAACCAAGGAGAUUCCCAUCAUCAAGUUCGACCUGAACAAGCCGGUCCGCGUCUGCAACAUCUGCUUUGACGUCUUGACGCUGGGUGGAGUUUCCUAGUGUGGCCCACAGGGAAGGGGAGUGGCUUACAGGCACUGCUCCUCCCACCCACCUGCCUUGCAGCCACUCGAUGGCAAAUCAUCUAUAAUGGAGACGGAGGAGCUUAUAUUUGUCUUCCUGUUACAAUAGACUUUGAUUGACUUAAGGGACCACGUAAACACUAUAUUCAAGUAUAAAUGAAUCUUUUGUACAAUUGCCGAAUGCUAAUGGUGGGUAAUGGAUAGAAACUGGACCAGGAACAAAGUGAGAAAAUGAACGCAGAUUGAGUUAGACCCUACGCUAAUCAUAGUCUGGGGCACUGAAAAUGAAACUUCUUGCAUUUAACUGAUCAUGUAACACAAUAGGCCAAAGUAGGCCUUGAUGCAGGUCUGCUCAGAAGUCCUGCGAUGAUUUUUUUUUUUUUAAAAACGAGAGAUUGCUAGCUCUUAUUUCUGGGGAACUGUGUGAUUUGCCCCCUUUUUGUUACCUUCUCUGAGAGAAGGAUCCCUGUUGUCCAGCUUUGUCGUCAGUGGGGCAAUUCUCCUGUGCACAAUGACUGCCCCUUCCAAAACAGGGUUUUGUUUAACACACAUUGCUGUGUAAGUAUUUUGUGUGGCCUUACAACAAAAGCUUUACGGUUUUCCUCCUGUAGAAACAGAACCAGAAUUACAGCUCCCGCGUCUUUGGAACUUAGGUCCCCCCCGUCCCCACAUUCCAAGGGGGAAGAGGGGGAGGCUGUCUUUAUCAAAUUCAAUCACUGCUCCUCAAAGGAAGAAAUCCUCAUAAGCUACUGGCCAGUCUCCUUUAUAGCAAAUAACAGUCGGCUUGGCAAAAAUAGUCAUAUGUUUACAAUGGUGCAGGAAGGUCUGGUGGCAAGGGGUAGAACAGAAAGUCGGUGCGCAAGAGCACCUGUGGAACAUCUGCAUAAUGAUGCAGGGCGAGUUUGGGGGUGAGGCAGCCUGCAGUGCCCAAUAGAAAGAGAUCCUGAUGACACUGCUCAUGAAGGAACUUGUGUGCGUUCUGCACCUACAGCUUGGGGGGCAAGGUGGCGAUUCUGGAGGCUCUCUCUGCUCAGAUGUUUAGGGUGUGAACCGUUGGCAGCUUGCCCUGUUCAGGAGUUCUGUGGCGAUUCUUGACUCCUCCGCAGAAACGCACAUUCUCUCCACCCAGCUCGCUGUGGAUAUUUUACAUUAGUUCUGCUUCUAUGAAACACCAGAUCUGGGUCCCUCUCAGAAGGAACCCCCUGAAUUACACACUGACUGGCAAGUGUGAUUAAGACUGCAGAAUCACCGUAUGUUUAAGUAGAAAGCUUGUUCGCCUUUUUUUCCCCUUAAAGAAACAAAACCAGGAAGAAGUACAUAGCUAAACCUUUUUGUCGUUCCACAAAUUAAUCACUUGUGUUGUGUGUCUCUUACCUUUGGUAACCACUAUUUUUUCAGUGUACGAAUGGGCGUGUAUGUAUGGAAGGGAACGCAGAAUGCCAUUUAUAACUUCAGAGCCUGUUAAUUGCCCCCAGUACUAAAUACUAACUUGUCCUGUAAUGUUAUCCAUUACGUAUAUAUAUGUAAAAAGAGCUGAUACCAGAGUGCUACUUUUCUAUAUUUCUGUGAUUUAUAGGAUAUAACUGCUUUAUAUGUUCAGUGAAAACUUGGGGUGUGUGCAGUAAAAAAGAAAAGCUGGCUCUUUAAGAGAGAACUCCUAAAAGUUAAUGCUUAAAACAGUACAUUUCAUGUGGGAUCUCAGUUUGCUGCUUCGCCUUCCGAACUCUUGGGGAAGAAAAACUGGAACUCUGUCCUCUUCAACUGUGUGGGAGCGAUGAAUGGUGGAUGGGCUGUGUUUUUUUUCCCCCCGUUUCCUCAAGGAAUGAUUUUUGCUUGUCAGUUUUUUCUCAUUAGGCUCCUUGCUCUGAAAUGGGUGUGGGCAAAUUUUUUGGCCUAGGGGGCGGGCUGCAUUGGGGUUGCCACCUGCCUUUGGAAAUGGAAAAAGGCAGCAUCUAACUUGGAGCCUCCUUAAGCCAGUGGAGACCCAGUUGAGGCACUCUUCCUGGCACUUGGCCCUCAAAAUAUUUACAGGUUUUGCAGGAGCAUCAGCCUCCUAAUUGAUGACACAGCCUAAUAAGGCCAGGGUUGCAAACCAAUUAAGCAUCUUGAAGGCAAGAGGAAAAGCUCCUGUGGGGCAGAUGUAGCUAUAACUUUUCCAUCCCGCUUUAAAAGGUUGAAACUGCACCACUUAACUUACAUUGAUACAUUCAGUCUCUUUUGCCACUUUACCCCCCCCCCCCCAAAAGAAGAAUUUUUUGAACGCUUUUUUCAGGAGAUUUGAUGUAGAAGAAUUACCAAACCCCGAGGCAUGGAGAUAGUCUUUUGUCCAUGUCCUUGAUAGUAUAUCCAAGGUGAGUAGUCCAAAUACGCACCCUUACUCUGGAUUAGGUCUUGGUAAUAUGUCAUGAAUCUGAUCUUUAAAGUUCCGGUAAGAUGGGACUGUUUUUCUGGACUGGCCUUGUGUGAGUUUGGCUAGCUGACUAAUCCAAUAAACAAGUGCAGCUCUCUUCUGAGUGGCGGUAAAUUAGUCAACAAUUGACUUCCCAAACUGCACCGAUGACCCCUGGGCUUGAGGGAAUGGGAAGGUGGAAAGUUCCUUACGCGAUUUGGUCCUCAGGCAGUACAUUUUGGGGGUUGGCUCUAGGUGGGCUUCGUUGGGUUGCACAAACUAAUCACUGUAAAGCACUUUUAAUAAAAACAUUUAAGUCUAA